CUGCGUCACGCCAAUAUGAGAAACGUACCGAACACUUACGUCCUAUCUCUGGCUCUAGGUGAUCUUUUGGUGAUCCUGACGUGUGUGCCGUUCACGUCAAUCCUGUACACCGUCGAAUCGUGGCCGUGGGGUCUGGCAGUUUGCAAAUUAUCAGAGUGCGCCAAGGAUGUUUCGAUCGGCGUCUCAGUUUUCACUCUGACCGCGUUAUCAGCCGAGAGGUACUGUGCGGUCGUGAAUCCUAUUCGGCGUCACGUAGCUGGACUAAGCGCUAAACCAUUAACAAUACUAACAGCCUCGCUUAUUUGGGUUCUGGCGAUUGUUCUCGCAAUGCCAGCUGCUCUUUUCUCUCACGUGCCGACCAUCCCGUUACAGGGUAACCACAGUAUCCUGGUUUGCAGUCCUUUCCCCGAAGAAUUCGGGGAGCGCUAUCAAAGAGGAAUUGUGAUGUUCAAGUUUCUGGCUUACUAUGCGAUUCCUCUCUGCGUGAUAGCUGGAUUCUAUAUGGGAAUGGCGCGACACCUUCUACUAUCCACCAGAAAUAUGCCUGGCGAGUUGUCCAGCGGAAGUCAUCGUAUGGAGCAAAUUAGAGCGCGCAAAAAGGUCGGAAAGAUGGUGAUCGCUUUCGUAAUUAUCUUCGUCAUUUGCUUCCUACCGUAUCACACGUUCAUGCUGUGGUUCCACUUUUGCCCAUCAUCGAAGCAGGACUACGACGACUUCUGGCACGCCUUCAGGAUCGUCGGUUUCUGCCUGAGCUUCAUUAACAGCUGCGUCAAUCCGAUUGCACUUUACUUCGUCAGCGGAACCUUUCGUAAGAGAUUCAACGAAUACCUCUGCUGUCAGCUGUGCAGGAGGACUCCGACAGGUUGUCGAACGGAAACGACGAACAGUUCCGGGAGGAACGGCAAUCGAGGCACGAAUUUCUUGCAAAUGAGACGCGUAGGUGGUCAAGGGGCGCUGCACGAAACAAGCUUCGGCUCCACCUUCCGAAGACAUACACAGGAACUGAACUCAACGGCUCUCUAUGAGCUAGACUUCGACGGUAAUGCACCCUGUCUAGCUGAUGGAGACAGCGACAACAAGAAGCCAAAAUCGAUCGAGGAGCCGAACGCCAGGGAGUAUCUGCAGUUGGCGCUGGCCAGAGUGCUCGAGCUCCAACGAGAGAUCAAAGAGGGAACAUAUAUUACGGAUCACACCAGCGACCUCGAUGAGUCGAGCAGCGAGGAGGAUCUAACGAAGGAAGUUCUUCGAAAGGUGUUCGUCGAUCUACCUGGAACACCUGAUUCGGUUGGCACGAUCAUCGGCAAAGCAGCGAAUCCGAGGAAUUCUCAGCUGGACGCGAUUCACGGUAAAAGGAUCCAGCUGUUGGGUUACGACACUUGUCGCAGAGCUGCGGUGGAGUUCAUGAAGAGCGCUGUUCGCGAAACGAAACGAGAUGCGACGUCCAAGGUGUAUCCAUCAAACUUUCCCGGCUUUCGUCUGGGCGUCUAUUCGAGAAACGAACCGAGGACCGCUCAUCGUAAAACUGGCUUGUUAAAGAGCUCCUCUACUUGCGACCAAGAGAUCCGCGAUAGAAUGCUGAGGAGCUUAGACCUUCACUUAGCGAAUAAACAGAGAGAUUACACGGCGAAAUUGAUGAGGUCGGGUAUUUAG